CUUUUCACUCUUUUCAAAUUCACUCGCUCACAAACCCUGAUUCAAUUCAAUUUCAAAAAAAAAUGCGUGAGAUUCUUCACAUCCAAGGAGGCCAAUGCGGCAACCAGAUCGGUGCCAAGUUCUGGGAGGUGGUUUGUGCGGAACACGGCAUUGAUUCCACCGGCCGUUACCAAGGCGAUUCCGAUCUCCAACUUGAGAGGAUCAAUGUCUAUUACAAUGAAGCAAGUUGUGGCAGGUUCGUUCCAAGGGCUGUGCUCAUGGAUCUUGAGCCCGGUACCAUGGACAGUCUCAGAUCUGGUCCCUAUGGUCAGAUCUUCCGACCGGACAACUUUGUUUUUGGCCAAUCGGGUGCCGGAAACAACUGGGCUAAAGGUCACUAUACCGAAGGUGCCGAGUUGAUCGAUUCGGUUCUUGAUGUUGUCAGGAAGGAGGCCGAAAACUGUGACUGUCUUCAAGGGUUUCAGGUUUGUCAUUCGUUAGGAGGGGGCACCGGAUCGGGUAUGGGUACCCUUCUGAUUUCAAAGAUCAGGGAGGAAUACCCAGAUCGGACGAUGCUGACUUUUUCUGUUUUCCCGUCACCAAAGGUGUCUGAUACUGUUGUUGAGCCUUACAAUGCCACGUUGUCAGUUCAUCAGUUGGUUGAAAACGCCGAUGAGUGUAUGGUUCUUGAUAAUGAAGCUCUGUAUGAUAUUUGCUUCAGGACCCUCAAGCUCACAACUCCCAGCUUUGGAGAUCUUAACCACUUGAUUUCCGCCACCAUGUCCGGUGUGACUUGCUGUCUCCGAUUCCCUGGCCAACUGAACUCCGAUCUCAGAAAGCUUGCGGUGAAUCUUGUCCCAUUUCCCCGUCUCCAUUUCUUCAUGGUGGGGUUUGCUCCUCUUACUUCACGUGGGUCUCAGCAAUACCGAGCCCUAACCGUCCCUGAACUCACCCAACAAAUGUGGGACGCCAAGAACAUGAUGUGCGCAGCCGAUCCACGCCACGGCCGGUACCUGACUGCAUCGGCCAUGUUCAGAGGCAAAAUGAGCACAAAAGAAGUGGAUGAGCAGAUGAUCAAUGUCCAGAACAAGAACUCAUCCUACUUUGUGGAAUGGAUCCCAAACAACGUGAAAUCAACGGUCUGCGACAUCCCACCAACAGGUCUGAAAAUGGCGUCUACCUUCAUUGGGAAUUCUACAUCGAUUCAGGAGAUGUUUAGGCGUGUGAGUGAACAGUUUACAGCCAUGUUCAGAAGGAAAGCUUUCUUGCAUUGGUACACUGGUGAAGGGAUGGAUGAGAUGGAGUUCACAGAGGCUGAAAGCAACAUGAAUGAUUUGGUGUCUGAGUAUCAGCAGUAUCAAGAUGCAACAGCUGAUGAGGAGGGAGAGUAUUAUGAGGAGGAAGAGGAAGAAGAAGGUCAGGAUAUAUAGAAGAAGAAUGAAUGGAUGAGAGUACCAGUUGUCAGUCUCUGGCAAGGGGAAGAAUUUGAGUUGCUGCUUUAAUGAUAUGAUAUGUUAGUAGGGCAUGAUUUGAAUACUUGAUGAUGAUAUAUGUUGUUUCUAUGUCUGAAUUACUUACUGCUGCUUGAUGAUAUAUAUUUUGGUUACUGAAGCUACAUGAUCUGAAAUCGCCUUUGGAAUAAAAUGAUUAGUAAUUUCCUGUUU